GGAGCCAGCGGUCGACCCCGGGAAGAAAAGAAUAUGGCUUCUGCCGCCGAGGGCGGCGGCGCUCCGGGGCGUGCUGGGCGCCACUGAGCGCCAUGGUGAACUCCAGCCGCGUGCAGCCGCAGCCGCCCGGAGACCCGGGGCGCUCGCCCGCGCCGCGAGCGUCCGGGCCCGGGCGCUUGGUGGCGGGAGGCGCCGGCCUGGCUGUCCCCGGCGGCCUCCGGGAGCAGCGGGGCCUGGAUAUCGAGAUGGAGCGCAUCCGGCAGGCGGCCGCUCGGGACCCCCCGGCCGGAGCCUCGGCCUCGCCAUCCCCUCCGCUUUCAUCCUGCUCCAGGCAGGCGUGGAGCCGCGACAACCCGGGCUUUGAGGCAGAGGAGGAUGACGACGACGACGAGGUGGAAGGAGAAGAAGGAGGGAUGGUGGUGGAGAUGGACGUGGAGUGGCGACCCGGCAGCCGAAGGUCGGCCGCCUCCUCGGCGGUGAGCUCGGCGGGCGCCCGCGGCCGGGGGCUGGGGAGCUACCGCGGCGCGGCUCACCCGAGCGGGAGGCGGCGCCGUCUAGAGGACCAGGGUGCUCCGUGUCCCAGCCCCGCGGGCGGCGGGGACCCGCUGCAUCGCCACCUCCCGCUAGACGGCCAGCCGCCCCGAGUGGCCUGGGCAGAGAGACUGGUGCGCGGGCUGCGAGGUCUCUGGGGAACAAGACUCAUGGAAGAGAGCAACACUAACCGAGAGAAGUACCUGAAAAGUGUGUUACGGGAGCUGGUCACUUAUCUCUUUUUCCUCAUAGUCUUGUGCAUCUUGACCUAUGGCAUGAUGAGCUCCAGUGUGUACUACUACACUCGGACACUGUCACAGCUGUUCUUAGAUACCCCAGUGUCAAAAACAGAGAAAACCAACUUUAAAACUCUUUCUUCCAUGGAGGACUUCUGGAAGUUCACUGAAGGCUCCUUCCUGGAUGGGCUGUACUGGAAGGCCCCGACCAACAACCACACGCAAGCUGACAACCGAAGCUUUAUUUUCUAUGAGAACUUGCUGCUAGGAGUGCCGCGUCUACGCCAACUCCGAGUCAGAAACGGAUCCUGCUCCAUCCCUCAGGACCUGAGAGAUGAAAUUAAAGAGUGCUAUGAUGUCUACUCUGUCAGCAGUGAGGACAGGGAUCCAUUCGGACCUCGGAACGGAACCGCGUGGAUCUACACAACUGAAAAGGAGCUGAACGGGAGCAGUCACUGGGGAAUCAUAGCAUCUUACAGCGGAGCAGGCUACUACCUGGAUCUGUCCAGAAACAGGGAAGAGACAGCGGCCCAGCUUGCUGGCCUUAGGAGGAACUUCUGGCUGGACCGGGGCACUCGGGCAGCUUUCAUUGACUUCUCGGUGUAUAACGCAAACAUUAACCUGUUCUGUGUGGUCAGGUUAUUGGUUGAGUUCCCAGCGACAGGUGGUGUGGUGCCUUCUUGGCAGUUUCAGCCUGUAAAACUUAUCCACUACGUCACAGCCUUUGAUUUCUUCCUGGCUGCCUGUGAGGUCAUCUUCUGUUUCUUUAUCCUUUACUAUGUGGUGGAAGAGAUAUUGGAGAUUCGCAUUCACAGACUGAGCUAUUUCAGGAGUUUCUGGAAUUGUCUGGAUGUUGUGAUUGUUGUGUUAUCUGUAGUAGCUAUGGUGAUUAACAUUUACCAAAUGUCAAAUGCAGAGGGGCUCCUACAGUUUCUCGAAGAUCAAAAUUCUUUCCCCAACUUUGAGCAUGUGGCAUACUGGCAAAUACAGUUCAACAAUAUAGCUGCUGUCAUGGUGUUUUUGGUCUGGAUUAAGCUCUUCAAAUUCAUCAAUUUUAAUAGGACCAUGAGCCAGCUCUCCACAACCAUGUCUCGAUGUGCCAAAGAGCUCUUUGGCUUCACCGUCAUGUUCGCCAUCGUCUUCUUGGCGUAUGCUCAGCUGGCGUACCUUGUCUUUGGCACGCAGGUUGAUGACUUCAGUACUUUCCAAGAGUGUAUCUUCACCCAGUUCCGCAUCAUUUUGGGUGAUAUCAACUUCGCAGAGAUGGAGGAAGCUAACCGAGUUUUGGGGCCACUUUAUUUUACUACAUUUGUGUUCUUUAUGUUCUUCAUUCUUUUGAAUAUGUUCCUGGCAAUCAUCAAUGAUUCCUACUCUGAAGUGAAAUCAGAUCUGGCCCAGCAGAAAGCAGAAAUGGAACUCUCAGACCUUAUCAGAAAGGGCUGCCAAAAAGCACUGGUCAAACUAAAACUUAAAAGAAACACAGUAGAUGCCAUUUCAGAAAGUCUCCGGCAAGGUGGCGGCAAGCUAAACUUUGAUGAACUUCGGCAAGACCUGAAAGGGAAGGGCCAUACAGAUGCUGAAAUUGAGGCCAUAUUCACUAAGUAUGACCAGGACGGCGACCAGGAACUGACUGAGCGUGAGCAUCAGCAGAUGAGAGAUGACCUGGAGAAAGAGAGGGAGGACCUAGACUUGGAACACAGCUCUUUACCACGUCCCAUGAGCAGCAGAAGUUUCCCCAGAAGCCUGGAUGACUCUGAGGAGGAGGACGAUGAAGACAGCGGCCAUAGUUCCAGGAGGAGGGGGAGUAUCUCCAGUGGGGUUUCCUAUGAAGAGUUCCAAGUACUAGUGAGACGUGUGGACCGCAUGGAGCACUCCAUUGGCAGCAUUGUGUCCAAGAUUGAUGCUGUGAUUGUCAAGCUUGAGAUCAUGGAGCGGGCCAAGUUGAAGAGACGAGAGGUGUUAGGACGGCUGCUGGAUGGAGUGGCUGAGGAUGCGCGACUGGGUCGGGACAGUGAGAUCCACAGGGAGCAGAUGGAGCGUCUGGUGCGGGAAGAGCUGGAGCGCUGGGAAUCCGAUGAUGCAGCUUCUCAGACAGGUCAUGGUGUAGGCACACAAGUGGGACUUGGUGGCCAGCCACACCCCAGAAGCUCGCACCCUCCUUCCUCCCAGUCUGCAGAGGGCCUGGAAGAUGGAGGUGGAAACGGAAGUGCCAAUGUUCAUGUGUAAUAAUCCACACGUGUUUGUGUGCUCCUGAGACACGGAGAGCUGGUUGUCCAUAUGGCAAUGACAAAUUCGGUCUUUAUAUACCCCGACUGCAUUAUGAUGCUGGUCUUUGUGACCAAUUGUUAUAAACUUCUGCACUUUAAUUUAUUUCACGUAAACGAAACCCGUGGUUCAAGGAAGGUUGUCUUAUUACUUUUUCUCAUAUGAGAAAUCUAGAUGUAAAUAUUGAGUUCAGAAAGAAGAAAACUUUGAAAGUACGCCGAGUUGCUGCCCUGCCAUAGUCUUCAGGUGACAGUGUUUGGGAGUUAAGCAGAGCCACUAGCCUCUAAGUUCCUGUGGAGCCACCACAGUCAACAGCGUUCGUCCAGUGUGAGAUGCUAAGGGAACGCAUGCCGUAUCUUUACACUGAGGUGCAACUCAGAGCUUACUGCAUACCUUUCUUCUAAGGAAGGAGCCAUAUUUCAGCAACCUCUCUGGGGUGCAGAGAAUGGAUAUGUAUGUAGCCAUUGUGCUACUAAAGUGUGCACGUGAACAGUUGAGAUAGAUGCUAAGUGCCAUACCAGUUUGAGGCACUAAGCAUAUCAUUUAAUUUUUGUGUUAUUUAGCUUUUGUUUGAGUUUGGCAAGGAAAGCCCAAAAGAUAAAUUGCACGAUAAAAUGUAGGAUUGAAAGGGGCCUUCACUUCUCACUACAUUUGACUUUCCUUUUUUUUUGUUGUUUUUGUUUUUGUUUUUGUUUUUUGUUUUUUGUUUUUUUGAGACAGGGUUUCUCUGUGAAGCCCUGGGUGUUCUGGAACUCACUCUGUAGACCAGGCUGGCCUCAAGCUCAGAAAUCCACCUGCCUCUGCCUCCCAAGUGCUGGGAUUAAAGGUGUGCCUGGCUUGACUUUUCAAUUAUUUGGUAGCAUAGAAAUUUCUCAAUUUUUCUUUCCUGUGUGUCUCAUUUAGAACCAAAUUUAAUAUUAAAACAACAAAUAAGACAAGCACUGAAUAUUUUGGUACACAAUGAAAGUUUUAACUCAGAAAAUAUGUACAUGUGAAGCAGUAUUUUAAGAAAGUUUUGAGGUGCAUAAAAGCUCUGUAAAAGUAAAGGCUUGGUUUAUGUUGUACCUAGAAUAUAGUUCUCAAAUAUUCUUAAUCUUAUAUUUCAAAAUGGAAUCAUGUAAUGUAAAUUCAGUUCAUUUUUAUGUGAGGCCCUUGGGUAUUAUGGGUUUAUAUAUUUGCAGAAGAGCUCAGCUAAAAGUUGACUAUCAGCAGUAGUUUUCAUUAAGAGAGAGUCUCACUAAAUUUAUAGGGGAAAUCUAUUCUCAAUAUCAUUUUUUUUAUCUGUCAAAGAUAGGUUUUCACUAUAUAAUCCUGGCCAGCCUGGAACUAACUCUAAACUAGGCUGGCCUCAGACUCACAGAAAUCUGCUGGCUGUCAGCCUUAGUGCUGGGAUUAAGGGCCCGUGUGACCACAACAGUUGGUGCAUAACUUGGCCCUUUGAGAGCCAGGAGAUCAGAAGAAACAAAGCCAAGCUGGCAGAGAAGCCAGAAGUAGAGAACAAGUAGAAGAGAAUCCUGGGUUUAGUACCGUAUUUGAAAUUCACAAGAAUUCAUUGACUUCCUGGAAUAUACCAGACCUGCAACAGACUGCUGAACAGACCCACCUCUUCUAGGCUAGCUUCUACAGGAGCGAGGCAUGCCAUGUUUCCUUGAUUCUCAUGGCUCCAUGUCAACCAUUCUCUUUCAAAUAUGCUACACUAAUUUUUUUCCUUCCUAGGUAUUGGGUUUUGCAUUCUAGGGGUAUUAUUGUGUGUAUGUAUUUAUGUAUGUAUACUGUGCUGUUACAAGUGAACAAACUUCAAUUUGAAGUGCAUUCAUUAUGUGGUAUCCAUGUGUACUGACCAUAUGCCAUAUGUCUAUUAUGGUCACUAGAACAUCUUUUAUGAUGCUUAUUAUUACACUGUUUCUCAUUUAACUGGUAAACUUUUAUAGAAUUAUAUUUUUUCCCUUUACAUAUAAGUUCAUAUAUUUUUCUACUUUUGUCCUGUGAAGUUUAUCCCUAAUCACUUUUCUAUUAGUCUCCCCUCUGUAAUGGGUAUAGUUAAGAUAUUACAUAUACAAGAUUCUUUGGACAAUCAACAAUUUCCUAACUGUAAUAAUGUGUACAUUACUUAAUAAAGACUUGACAUACUA